AUGAAAGAGAGAGACACCCGAAACAAGUACGACCCGACGGGCUUUAACUUUCAGGCCAACAUUCAUGGAUGGCCAGACUAUGAUGGCUCAGAUAAAGCUAACAAAAUAGCCGAUAGUUUGAAUUGGCAUAAGUGUCAACACGAGUCAUAUUUUUUCCUAAUUUGGCACCGAAUGUAUAUAUUUUUCUUUGAACGCAUUUUAAGAAAAACCAUCAAUAGUUCCGACUUUGCACUGCCCUAUUGGGAUGUCUAUGAGAAAGACUCCCGAUCAAUGCCUAUACAGUUUCGGCAGCCGGCAGAUAGCGGUAACCCAUUGUAUGUGAGUGAGAGAUGUGCAAACAUUAAUGAAGGAAAUUCAAUUAGCGAAAGAUUAAUAGAUCCCUAUCCGGCCUUAAGCACCAAUUUCUUCACAACACAUAAACAAAAUAAUGAAUUAAAUAUUUGUCAUAGUUUUGGUGGCGGACGUAUUGAUAAACCACAGUUUGCAUCGGAUAGGGAGGGCCUACUCGAGCGUAUACCACACGAUAAUGUACACCUGUUUGUUGGCGGUCCGCAUGGAUUUAUGUCGGAUUUGUGUAAAUCAUCGAGAGAUCCAAUCUUUUAUUUACAUCACAGCAACACUGACCGCAUAUGGGAGUCGUGGAUGAAAGCCGGCGGCAAAAACAUUAUUGAACCUAAAUAUCUAAAUCAAACGUUUGAUUUUUACGACGAGACGGGAAAGUUGAAGAGCUAUAGAGUGGCCGACUUUAAUGUCGACUCAAAAUCUUUGGGCUAUACUUAUGACUAUUUGAUUAAUGCGGAUAAAGUGAAGCCAACGCGUAUUGAUAGCCCUCAGCUAUACGUACCGAUCGAUGAAAGAGAGGGACUGAAUAUAAAUUACUACAAACGCUAUAUAUCUUUAAGAGUUAAGCCCUAUUGGAAUGAUUUCUUUAUUAAGUAUUUGACGGGAGAAAUGAAUGGAUUGGAUAUUAAAUUUACGCUACAAUUUGAUUUGGAUUACUUGUCGCCAAACAUUAUAUUUCAAAUUUUCCUUAAUUUAGAUGAAAACACAUAUCCAGUGGACACUCACCCAAACUUUGUGGGAACAAUGGUUACGUUUGCACCCAAAUGCGUGCCGCGAAUCAAAAGGGAAACCCUAGACAUCAAUAAGUGCUACGAUAUAUCGGAACAAAUGUAUCGUAUUUUAACAAAUGAAUACAACUUUAAAGGAUAUAUUCCCGAUGUCUUUAAUUUAACAUUUGUUCCCAAAUAUUGUGACAAAACGUUUUAUCCAAAGAAUACAGAAAAUUUGGUCAGUUUUUUUCAAAUACUUCUUGUCGUUCAUAAAGAGGAUGACUACUACAACCACAAGAAUAACACAUCAAACCUAUUAACUGAUCCAUUGAAAGAUAAAGAAGUGAUUUGGAGUAGAACUAUAAGUGCCAUUCCUCACUACAUACCCACACCUGUUAUUAAAAAGCAAAAUGCAUUCAAAACACAUAAAUUAAAAUUGUAA